UUCCUUGUUUGGCUUGUCAAAGACAAGGAUUUUCAGGCAGUUGAGUAUUUUCCAACGUGCCUCAGUUAUGCUGCAAGUGGACACCCAAAAGCAACAGGGUUUAAACUAUCCUGAUAAUGGGAAUUCCAGGAACUUUUCAAAGGUGUCUCUGGGGAGAGACAUCACAAGGCUCAAACAAGAUAUGCUAGAGAAGACACCAAGAUGGGAAAGAAGGGAGGAGCAAAAGAAAAUGAUGGAACCAGUUGCCAGGAUGGAAGAAGCCAAGGAGAAUGUGACUGUGAAACCAGCCCCUGGGUUGGAGGGAAUCAAGAAGACAACAGUGAAAACAGUCCUGAUGAUGCAGGAAAACAAUGAGAAAAGAAUAGUGAGACCAGCCCCAGGGGUGGAAGAAGCCAAGAAAAAGAUGACAGUGAAGCCACUUCCCAGCGUGGAGGGAGCCAAGGAGAAGGCAACAGUGAAACUAUCCUCUGGCGUGAAGGAAGCUCAGCAAAACAACACGUCCAAUGACCAAACAAAGCCAAAAGAGCCUUCUGCAUCAGUGAAGACUGUAAGACCUGUUCCUCAGGCUGCUACAGUGACAGAGAAGAAGCCACUGAGGGCUGCUGACUUCAAGUCAGAACCGCGGUGGGAUUUUGAGGACCAGUACCUGCUGGACAACUCAUCUCCACCAUCGACCUGCUCUGAAUCAGUGAAGGCCAAAGCUGCCAAGUCUGACUGGCUGCAAGAUCUUUUCCUGCCCAACAUCGUGCUCUUCACAGACAAGAGAUACUUCAGUGACAGUGAAUGGGACCGCCUGGAGCAUUUUGCACCUCCCUAUGGCUUCAUGGAGCUGAAUUAUUCAUUGGUGAAGGAAGUGAUGUCACUACUGCCCCCAAAUCCCCACCAGCAGCUGCUCCUGGCUAACAGCACCAGCAGCAAGCCAACAUGCAUCAGCUGUGCUGUCGUGGGGAACGGAGGAAUACUGAAUAACUCUGGGAUGGGCCAGGAGAUUGACUCCCAUCACUAUGUCUUCCGAGUGAGUGGGGCUGUGAUCAAAGGUUAUGAAAAAGACGUGGGAAGAAAAACGUCGUUUUAUGGAUUCACAGCCUACUCCUUGGUGUCCUCUCUCCAGAUCUUGGGACACAGAGGCUUCAGCAACAUCCCACAGGGAGAACAUGUCAGAUACAUUCACUUCCUGGAGGGAGCUAGAGACUUCGAGUGGCUGAAGGCUCUUGUGCUGAACAAGAACAUCAGGGAAGGAUUCUUGAACCACUACGGGCAGAGGCCCCGGGAGAGAUUUGAUGAAGGUUUCACGAUGGACAAAUACCUCGUGGUUCACCCUGAUUUCCUCAGAUACAUGAAGAACAGAUUUUUGAAAUCUAAAACUCUGGAAAAGCCCUACUGGAGGCUCUACAGACCCACAACAGGGGCCUUCCUGCUACUGACUGCCCUCCACCUCUGUGAUCAGGUGAGUGCCUAUGGCUACAUCACAGAGGGGCACGAGAAGUACUCAGAUCACUACUAUGACAAGGACUGGAAACGUCUGAUUUUCUACACCAACCACGACUUCAACCUGGAGAAGCAGGUGUGGAAAAAGCUUCACGAUGAGAACAUCAUGAAGCUUUACCAGAGAGCCUGA